AUGACAUCACCUAUCUUAAAUACGUUACCUUCUAUAGGUGAUAUUCUGGCUCUUUUACCUCCAGGUGGGAAUCCUUAUUCGUUUGGAUUAGAAUUAGUUGAAUCAAGUGCAUUUCCAUCGGUUGAAAAGAAAACUUAUCAAAUCUUAAUAGGUCUUUCGAUCAUUCAUGCUUGUACAAUCUUAUUUUGUGGAACAGUGAUAAGUAUUCCAUGUUGGAGAAAACAUGAAGAAUCUAAAUCCAAUUAUAAAGCUCGAGGUAGAAGUAGAAGUAGAGGUGGAGGGGGAGGUGAAGGUGAAGGUCAAAGGAUGAUUUGGUUACUUAAAAAGUUUUAUAUUACUGAAAGUAAAAAAACUUAUUGGAUUCCAAAUACAUCUUUAGCCGUUGCGAUUUGUCAAUUAUUAACUAGUUGUUUUUGUGAAAUUUAUACUUAUGUUGAUUAUGCUUCAUUAAAAUCACCUGAAUUUGCUGGAAAAAUGUCAUUAGGAAUUUGUGUACAAUUCAUGUGGUUGUUUAACUUUUAUAGUUAUUUUGUUACAUCUUGGGGGGCUUUAAAUACUUGCUUACAUUUAAAGUUUCUUUUUAUCAGUCUUUGUUUACCUCAUCCAUCUUCAGUCUUAACCAAACGAGUGAUCUCUCAACCGAUGAUCCUAUACAUCUUCUGUACUGGAGUACCAAUCCUAGUGACCAUCAUCACUUUAACCUGGAGUAUUAUCUUGGCUAUUGCCUAUCGAAAAGAAAUCGAUCAUAUCACUUUAGUUAGAGAUUUACUUAGUAAUGCUUCUAAGAAUUGGGAAGCUAAAGUGAUACCUGAUCCAGAUGAGUUUAUUAAGAUCGUAAUGGCUGGUGAUGAGCUUUUGAAAUCUACUGCUCAUUUGAUUAAUUGUCUUAAAUGGAACUCCUUUACUUGGGCUUUUCUUUGGACGAUUACUGGGAUCUUUUAUACUAAUUCAGUUUGGCCAUUAGUUAAACUUAUGAAAUCUUGUUCAAAUCGAAUGAGACAUAUAAGAGUUGUAAGAGUAGGAGACCAUCCUAAUCUGAUCACACCAUCACAACCAUCCAGUUUAAUUCCAAAUUAUGAAGCUCCAAUUAAUCAUCAAAGUAUUAAAGGUGUUGGAAAAGCUUUAAGAAGAGCUUAUAUUUUUUUGGUUUGUCAUUGUACUGUGAUGACUAUCUCAGUGGUUUAUACUAUCUUGGUUUGUCUUAUUAUUGGAACUCAUACUGAAAAAGUGAUUGUAGUGGCUCGUUGGCGUUCACUUGGGUCUUGGCUUUAUCUUGUUAGUGGUGGGUUUUCGGCCAUUGCAAUGUUAUUCCAGAGUUGGCGUUCAUAUACUGAGACAGAUGUUAACAAAUCCAGUUCAACUUGUAUCUCAACCUCAUCCAUCACAAGUAUAGAUCUAUACCAUAAACUUUCAUAUAAACUAGGACGUAGACAGACGACGACAAGUAGUAGAAGUACAAGAACUGAAUCGAGCUAUUCGACUAGUUCAUCAAAUCAUCAGAUCAAAGAAAUCGAACCGGUUCUUAAAGAUCUUAGAUGGAGUGAUGAGAUUUUGAUUAUUAGGAAUCCAAAGAUCUUUAAAAACGAUCAUGAUUUAGAAAUCCUUAAAGAAGAUUUGGAUCUUGCUAGUACUGAAGAUCAUCAUGAUGAUUCGUUUAAAAGUUUAUCUCCUUUAAUUUCAAUUUCGAAUUUUAAUAGUGUAUGA